AUGUCGUCGUCUGAUGGAAAUAACACACCGAGUCCGUCAAGUGUAGCUUCAUCAUCACAACAACAACCACUAGAUAAAGAAUACGAAGAAAUGAAUGGAUUUUAUGGUGGCGUAUUCAUCCGGUACGACCUCGUUUCGGGUUUGCUGCUGAGCGCAUUACCCACAAGUUCGUCUUCACAACUGCAGAUACCAGCUGUCACUAAGAACUCUAUGAAACGAGAAUCACCGCAAUUAAAAGCGGAAGGCAUCGUUAGGACCAGUACUCCAAAAACGUUAACUCCGCCUACAUCCAUAUCAGAAUGGCAACUGCUAGCAGUGCUACAGCGCGCCAAUCUUGUACAGUACUACGAUAUGUUCAUAUCACAAGGUAAGAAUAAUGAAACAUGCAAGAAACCGAUAACUUCGGUAACUACAAAUAGUUCAAAGUGCUUGGGCGUCACUUAUUUGAUGCAUGAUGGUUCGUGCCCCAAAAGGAACACCUAUGUUCACUCCAACGCUGGUGGCCUUAUGAAAUUGGCUAUCGUUGCUCGUGCAUCUCGACUUAUGCCAUCAAGCCAACGGCAACUUGUAGAGUUCUCAAAAGAUCAAACAACCUUCAACCUAGCCGCCAUACAACAUAUCGGUCCGCCGCCGGUGUCUCCGUAUGCGCUCGGUGGUCCCGACAUGUCUUUCUUAAUGCCUGGAUUCGCGGCGACGUUAACAAAUCUGUCGUCCACAUCACCCGGAUUGACAGCGACGUCGACGGAAAAUACGUCGCCUCAAAAUGGGAACGUCACUCACAACUCGGUACCGUUGGCCAUUGAGCUCUCCGCUGCUGUGCUCGGUACUAUGGCCACUUCUGUCACAAUCAACAACAGAAGUUGCGUCGGCGACUUCAGUGCUGGAAGCGCUCCCAUCCCACCAGCAGCACCUGGAGGAACCGCAAACGUGGUUCGCGGCGAAUUUCUACCGGCCUUCGGGCAAGGAUCGAUUAACGUUACCGGUGAAGAGAAAGAGAGGUCGUCCAGCCCUCUUUCAAUAGGUGGAGACUUCGUGUCUUUGGGAGACUAUGAUCCAAAUACUGCAUUAUGCGAUUCGCCUGUCUUGUCCGAUGCGCAGAUUCGUCGUCUUUCGACUUGUGCGAUGGCGAUAUGCCAGAAAAUUCCACGACUGCCUCCGAAGCUCGUACAGAAUAAGAAGCGAGUUUCAAAAGAAGUUCUUGACCUUCUUUCUGCUAGCGCCGACGCGCCGAAUCGUCUCGCUGACUAUCGCAAAUACUCAGCGAUCUAUGGGCGUUUUGAUGCAAAAAGAAAGCCGGACAAGACGGAUACACUAGUAGCGGCAAGUAUGAAGUACACAGAUGACUUCGUACUACACGGUCUUUCGUUCCAUGAGGUCUCAGUUAACGAAGCCGCUGCUCAACUAUGUCUUAUCAUGCCGUCACUGCUAACCAGACGCGACGAAUUAUUUCCGCUAGCGCGGCAGGUUGUGAAGGAUGCUGGAUAUCACUAUGCUAAAGCGAGUCGUAAACGAGGCCUUGAUCAUAUUGAUUCACAUUCACCACAAAGUAGUCCAACUUACAGCCCGUGUCUUGGCGACGAUAAUGACGUAGAUGUGGAUAGUGUGUUCGGAUCGUCGACAGUGAAGCAGUCUGACGAGAAAAGAAAAAAAUCUGAUACAGACGGCGAAGAAGACAGAAAUAGUCAAACAAGUUAUCGCAUCAUGAGAAAAUUUCCAAAAAGCUUUCAAAAAUGGUUGAAUGCAAGCGGCACCCAUUCAGGCUGCUUUCUGAAUGAAUGGGAGGGUAAGAAAUGGAUGGAGAAGCCACAUAAAGCGGUGACCGAAAGCGCAAUGCAAGUGAUCGCCUACGCCCAUCUUGGUUCGACAAUUCGUCAAUGUUCGUGUGCUGAAGACAGAGAAUGUGUGAAAUCCAUGGAAGAACAGUAUUACAGGCCUUGCAAUGCUAUAACAAAUGUUGGCCUGUCUUCUCCCAGCUGCGUGAAAACUGAGCGAGGACCGCAAAUCCCUCAAGUGGAUUUACGAAGGUUGUUCACCAUUGGCGAGCAACAAUUGAACGCCACCAGUGCAGAAGUGCUGAAUAGCGAUUUGAUUGCUAAUAUACGUUGUCAGCCAUUAAUCACUAAAAAUAAUCUUCGUAGUGCGUUGCGGUCUUGUCUUGCAACGAUUGACUGGAAACAAAGCAUAGCUGAUCUAUGUCAUUGCGCACAAGAUGUUGGGUUCAGGUAA